UCCCACACAUUCUCUCUCGCGCUCUCUCUCCCUCUCUCUCUGCCGUCUGCACUCACUCACACACACACACAACUCACUUUCUCUCUCUACAUCAGUAGCUGAGCUCUAGUGAGAGGGAGCUCCAUUUCUUCUACUUCUCUACCCACUUCCCCCACCUCCGAUCUGCUUCCGUUUCAACCUAUUAUGCCGCACUAGUCUUUCUCUUCCUCUCUCUAAUGUCCUCUUCCGACCCCAAAUCCCGCCAACGUCCGGGUCCAUGGCCGCCCGCGCCGGACUCCUCUUCAAUGCCGCCGGCUUCUUGGGCCAAACGCACCGGCUUCCGUCCCAAGUUCUCUGGCGAGACCAAUGCCACUGAUUCCGGCAACCUCGCUCUUCCCCCGAGGUCGAAGGAUCCCCAUGCCCACACGGAUCUUGAAGCCGGCCGUCUCCGGGGAAGUUCUGCCGUUAAUGGAGAGCAGGAGAGUGUGAAGGCGGCUCAGCCGCAGUUGGAGAAGGCUAAAGAUGAGUCGGUGAGGAGGAGGAGGGAUUCUGAUAGCUUACCGAAGGGUUCUGCUCCUGUACAGAAUGGACAAACGCUGCCUCCCCCUCCGCCUUCCGAACCGGCGAAUCAACCACGGCGGCCGGCUAGAAAUGAGGAUGUGGUGGAUGUUCUGCCGCAGAUUGGGGAUGAUGAUGGAUUUGUGGCCAGACACUCGCACAUGAAGUACGAACUCAGAGAUACGCCUGGUCUUGUCCCGAUCGGUCUAUAUGGAUUCCAGCAUUAUAUUUCGAUGUUGGCUUCGUUGAUUCUUAUUCCGCUUGUUAUUGUUCCUGCAAUGGGUGGCACUUACGAGGAUACUUCAAAUGUGGUAUCGACGGUGCUCUUCGUGUCGGGCAUCACUACCCUUUUGCAUACUUCUUUCGGCUCAAGGUUACCAUUGAUACAAGGUCCAUCAUUUGUUUUCCUGGCUCCAGCAUUGGCAAUUAUCAAUUCCCCUGAGUUUCAAGGACUUAACGGGAACAAUUUUAAGCACAUAAUGAAGGAGUUACAAGGUGCAAUUAUCAUAGCUUCAGCUUUUCAAGCAAUACUUGGAUAUAGUGGACUGAUGUCACUGCUUUUGAGGCUGAUCCAUCCUGUAGUUGUGGCCCCAACCAUUGCUGCUGUUGGACUUUCGUUUUAUAGUUAUGGUUUUCCACUAGUUGGUGCCUGUCUUGAGAUUGGUGUAGUGCAGAUACUGUUGGUUAUUAUAUUUUCUCUAUACCUCCGGAAGAUAUCUAUUCUCGGCCAUCGGAUUUUUCUAAUAUAUGCAGUUCCACUUGGAAUUGUUAUCACGUGGGCUUUGGCGUUUUUGCUGACUGAAGCUGGAGUUUAUAGUUACAAAGGUUGUGAUACAAAUGUUCCUGCCUCAAAUAUAAUAUCUGAUCACUGCAGAAGACAUGUUUCAAGGAUGAAGCAUUGUCGAGUUGAUACUUCUCACGCACUAAAAUCUUCACCGUGGUUUAGAUUUCCAUAUCCGUUACAGUGGGGCACUCCCGUCUUCCACUGGAAAACAGCAAUUAUUAUGUGUGUUGUGUCUGUCAUCUCAUCUGUGGAUUCGGUUGGUUCGUAUCAUGCAGCUUCAUUAUUGGUGGCAUCCAGACCGCCAUCACCUGGUGUUCUUAGUCGAGGAAUUGGACUGGAAGGUCUUUGUAGUAUUUUGGCUGGUCUAUGGGGCACAGGAACCGGGUCUACAACUCUUACUGAAAAUGUUCAUACUAUAGCAGUUACAAAAAUGGGAAGCCGCAGAGCAGUUGAACUGGGUGCAUGCAUUUUGAUAGUGUUAUCUCUUGUAGGUAAAGUUGGGGGCCUUAUUGCUUCCAUUCCUGACGUCAUGGUUGCUGCUCUUCUUUGCUUCAUGUGGGCAAUGCUUACGGCACUAGGCUUGUCAAAUCUUCGAUAUAGUGAAGCAGGAAGCUCUCGGAAUAUUAUCAUUGUUGGAUUAUCAUUAUUUUUCUCACUUUCUGUACCAGCCUACUUUCAACAGUACGGUAUCUCCCCAGGCUCCAACAUGUCUGUUCCAAGUUAUUUUCAGCCGUAUAUUGUUGCUUCCCAUGGACCUUUCAACAGUAAAUCGGGAGGGCUGAAUUUCGUUCUCAACACAUUGUUCUCUUUACACAUGGUGAUUGGAUUCCUAGUCGCCAUCAUCCUUGAUAACACUGUGCCCGGCAGUCGACAGGAACGUGGUGUAUAUGUGUGGUCUGAUCCUGAGACUGCAAGGAGGGAGCCUGCAGUUACCAAAGACUAUGAACUUCCAUUCAGGGUUGGUCGAGUUUUCAGAUGGGUGAAAUGGGUCGGAUUCUAAGCGACCAGACAUUCAACGAUUUUAUGACCAAGUAUCGUUACAUAUCGGUCAUCAUUCAGACAACGACGCAAUGGUUGUGUACGAAAUGUAAGUCCCUACAACUCUCCUCUUCGCAUGGUCUAUAGUCCUCUUUUGUUGCGCUCGGGGUCGGCGGGGGUAUUUUCUUACACGAAGCACAUUAGCAGAAUAGGUUUGUUUAGUAGGAGAUAGCUGUGUACAUUUUUUGAAGAUCCAGAGUGAUCUGGGUUUGUUGUAAUUUAGAUUAUAAAAUGUUGUGUGUACUACUAGUUGACUAGUCUGGAUUUUCAUGCAUUUUGUGCAAGUUUUGGGGGUCCCUCCAUCCUGGGCAGGUCCAUGUAUAUUUUUCUUCUUCCCACUUAUUUAAUUACCUUCUUUCAUUCUUUCUUUCUUUAGGGAUUUCGAGUUCCAAUUCUUAUUAUUUGUGAGAACCGAAUACUUCGGUUCUUAAGGAA